UCCAGCCAGAGACUCCAGAGUCAGUCCGGAUCUUUGCAGCAUCAGCACCGGGAUAAAGAGAUCACCAUGGCAACCAAAGCCCCGCAGCCGCCGCACCUGCACCUGGCCGAGCUCACCGCGUCCCAGUUCCUGGACAUCUGGAAACACUUCGACGUGGACGGUAACGGCUACAUCGAGGGAAAGGAGUUGGAGAACUUCUUCAGGGAGCUGGAGGUUUCCCGGAGAGGAGCAGGGGUGGAUCCUACAAACCCAACAUUCAGAGAAAAGAUGAAGGAGUUCAUGCAGAAGUUUGACAAGAACAAAGACGGACGCAUUGAGAUGUCAGAGCUGGCCCAGAUUCUACCGACUGAAGAGAACUUCUUACUUUGCUUCAGGCAGUUUGUCAGCUCCAGUGCUGAGUUCAUGGCGGCGUGGCGGCGGUACGACACAGAUCGCAGCGGCUACAUCGAAGCAAAUGAGCUGAAGGGCUUUCUGUCGGACCUGCUGGAGAAGGCCAACAGACACUACGAUGAGCAGAAACUGCAGGAGUACACACACACUAUACUCAGGAUGUUUGAUCUGAAUGGAGAUGGGAAGUUGGGCCUGUCAGAGAUGGCCAGGCUGCUCCCAGUUCAGGAAAACUUCCUUCUUAAAUUCCAGGGUGUGAAACUGACCAGUGAGCAGUUCAACUCCAUCUUCACAUACUACGACAAGGAUGGCAACGGCUACAUCGAUGAGCAAGAGUUGGAAGCUCUGCUACGAGAUCUCUACCAGACAAACAAAAAGGAGAUGGAUGCGAAGAGCCUGCUGGGCUACAAGCAGAGCAUCAUGAGCCUGUCCGACGGAGGGAAGCUUUACCGCGGCGAGCUGGAGAUCGUCCUCUGCAGAGAGCCAAUCGUGUGACUUCUUCAUCUUCCUGCUUCCGUUUGUUUUUCUCAGCUUGCCUUGUCCUCUUUUCCUGAGACCACACCCACUUCUGGCUGAGUGGCGAUAUAUACUAGGCCAGGGGUCGGCAACCCGCGGCUAUAGAGCCGCAUGCGGCUCUUUAGCGCCUCCCUAGGGGCUCCUGGAGCUUUUUCAAAAAUGUUUGACCUUUUUUUUCCUUUUUUCCUUCUUUUUUUUCCUUUUUUCCUUUCUUUUUUAAUCUCAACAUUUCAACUUUUUUCACGACAUUUUGACUUUUUUCUCGACAUUCCGACUUUUUUUCUCGACAU